AUGAGUUUGAAUAAUGAUAAAGUUAGUGCUACUAGCCAUGAGCUUCUUCAAGCUCAAGCUCAUGUGUGGAAUCAUAUCUUCCAGUUCAUAAACUCUAUGUCAUUAAAGUGUGCAGUUCAAUUAGGCAUCCCAGAUGUGAUUCACAACCAUGGCCAACCCAUAUCCCUUUCCAAUCUCAUUUCCGGCCUCAAUGUCCACCCUUCGAAGGCUUAUUUCAUCGCACGCCUCAUGCGAAUCCUCGUCCAUUCCAAUUUCUUUGCACAAGACCAGCAAGAUCUUGAUGAUGAAGCGGAGGAAAAAGCUGUUGUGGUGUAUAGCCUAACACCAGCUUCCAGGCUUCUCCUCAAGGAAGCUCCAUUAAGCACCACACAAUUUUUACUUAUGAUUCUUGAUCCAGUAGUGACAGAUCCAUUUCAUCUAAUGGGCACUUGGUGCCAGAUGAACAAUCAUGGAAAUCAUGAUCAUCCAGCUUCCCCAUUUGAGAUGGCACAUGGAAGGCCUUUUUGGGGUUUGGCUGCUCAGCAACCAAAGUUUGGUAGCUUGUUUAAUGAAGCAAUGGAGGCUGACUCUCAGCUGAUAGCAAGGGCAGUGGUUGAAGAGUGUGAAGGAGUUUUUGAGGGUUUGAAUUCCUUGGUUGAUGUUGGAGGUGGCACAGGAAACAUGGCCAAGGCCAUUGCGAAGGCCUUCCCGAACAUUAAUUGCACUGUCCUUGACCAACCACAUGUUGUCGCAAACUUGCAAGGGACUCACAAUUUGGAUUUUGUUGGAGGAGACAUGUUUGAGAAGAUACCCCCAGCAAAUGCAAUUUUCCUCAAGUGGAUUCUGCAUGAUUGGAGUGAUGAGGAAAGCGUGAAGAUAUUGAAGAAGAGUAGAGAAGCAAUUCUGAGCAAAAAUGAAGGAGGAAAGGUUAUCAUCCUGGAAAUAAAUGUGUCUGCAGAUAAUAAGAAGAUGGAUAAGAAAUCAAUUGAAACUCAGCUCAUGUGGGAUAUGUUGAUGAUGGUCAACCUUAAUGGCAAAGAGCGUAGUGAAGCAGAGUGGGAAAAGCUCUUUUUGACUGCUGGAUUCUCUCUCUAUAAGAUUACACAUACAUUGGGCCUCAGGUCUCUUAUUGAAGUUUACCCCUGA